AACCUUCACCGCAGAGUGCCCACUAAGCAGGAUGAGACCGGAAUACCUCUCAGACAGUAACUCAGAAGAAGAAGAAUCGGAUACUUUGUCUACCUCAGCGACUUCAUUAAUUUCCUUGCCUUCACCAGACCCUAGUGACGUUUCACUUCCGCAGCCGUUUGCACCCCCUUCAGUAGAAGACCCCCUGCGACAAUGUCCGUCGCUUCCCUCCACUCUGCCAAAGCUGCCUGCAAAUGAGACACCCGUGGUUGUCGCAAAUGCGGAUGUUAGGACUCCUGACCAUUGGGUCAAGAGGAAUCCUCAACUCAUUCGGCUCACUGGGCAACAUCCCUUCAACGCUGAAGCGAGUUUGGAUGCGCUCUUCUCUGCGGGUUUCUUGACUCCUGCACACCUUCACUUCGUCCGGAACCAUGGCGCCGUACCCAAAGUGGAUGAAACAAAGCUACGUAAUUGGAGGAUCCGCGUUCAUGGUCUCGUCAAGGAGGAAUAUUCCUUUUCUUUAGAUGAUCUGCGAACCCGAUUUCAGACUGUUACGCUGCCCGUCACGCUUGUAUGUGCGGGGAACCGGCGAAAGGAGCAGAACGUCAUUCGUAAGAGCCUGGGUUUCAGCUGGGGAGCUGCGGGAGUAUCGACUGCCCUAUGGACUGGGGUGUAUCUUGCGGAUGUGCUAGAAUACGUUAAACCCAUUCGUCCAGCUGCCAAGCAUGUUAUUUUCGAAGGCACUGAUAAUCUUCCGAAUGGACCUUACGGCACUUCUCAGAGACUCAAUCAAGCAACGGAUAGAAGGAAAGGCAUGCUCAUAGCUUGGGCGAUGAACGGAUUGCCAUUGGAACCUGAUCAUGGUUUUCCUGUGCGUGUAAUUAUACCAGGGCAGAUUGGCGGGAGAAUGGUGAAGUGGCUGAACCGGAUCGAAGUCUCGGAGCAAGAAAGCCAGCACCAUCUGCACUUCUGGGACAAUAAGGUCCUGCCCAUGCAGCUCACACCUGAACGAGCGCGGUCAGAACAACAAUGGUGGUAUGACCCGAGAUAUAUCAUAACUGAGCUUAAUAUCAAUAGUGCAAUUGUCAAACCCGCACAUGACGAAACAAUAACCGUCAAUCCUGGUGAAUCUGACAAGGAUUUGAGUUCCUACACAGUGAAAGGAUAUGCUUACUCUGGUGGCGGUCGGCGGGUAACCCGAGUUGAGGUCUCGCUCGAUGAUGGAGAUACUUGGGUUCUUGCGAACAUUGAUUAUCCAGAGGAUCUCUACAGACAAGCUGUGUAUGAGAGUCCAAUUUAUGGUACUCUGGAUCUUACUCAGAACGACUAUUCUUUUUGCUGGUGCUUUUGGACCUUAGACGUGACACUGGUAGACCUCAUGUCCUCAAAUUCAAUCGCAGUGCGCGCGAUGGAUGAAUCGAUGAAUAUCCAGCCCCGAGACAUGUACCUGAAUGCGACAUCCAUGAUGAACAAUUGGUGGUUUCGUGUUGCCAUCCAUAAAACUUCCGUAGCUUCGGGAUUCCUUCUUCGGUUUGAACAUCCAACGCUCGUCGACGGUCGAUCUGGUGGUUGGAUGGAGCGGAUGAAAUCCUCCGGCGUGGAUCCCCUCAAGCCUCGGUUUGGACCAGUGGAAACCAAGAAUAAUGAUGUAUCUCCCAGACAAACUCAGGCUCUAGCGAAGAAUCCAGCUGUAAGCCCUGGUGUCGAUAGACGCAUAAGCGUGGCUGAACUCAGAGAGCACGAUAAGUCAGAGCCUUGGUUCGUCGUGAAUGGAGAAGUCUAUGACGGCACAACCUAUUUGAAGGAUCAUCCUGGUGGAGCAGAUUCAAUCCUGCUCAUGGCUGGAGAAGACGCGACCGAUGACUUCGUCGCUAUUCAUUCUAUGGAUGCAACGGCAAAGUUGGCAGACUUCCACAUCGGAACCUUAUCGGAGCCUUUUACACCUGCCGUUAAUGACAAUAGUGAUGGCAGCUCUUUGACAAAUUCGUCCUUCCUUGAUCCGAAGCGAUGGAAGACCGUGACUUUGAGCUCAGUGCGGAAAAUCAACCAUGAUUCUUUGGUCUUCAGCUUUUCCUUGGGCAACACGAAUCAAGCAAUCGGUCUCCCGAUUGGACAACAUGUCUUUGUGCGGAUCAAGCGCAAAGACACUGACGAAAUUGUGCAGCGUGCAUAUACGCCUGUCUCUCGUCCGUCAGAUACGGGAAGGAUCGAGUUCUUGAUCAAGCUUUAUCUUCCCUCGCCUCAGUUUCCGGCAGGAGGAAGAAUGUCAGUCGGGCUUGAACAACUCAAACCCGGGGAUACGGUCGAAAUAAAAGGACCUCUUGGAUCAUUCAUUUGGCAAGGUCGUGGUAAAGCAUUGAUUCAUAACAUCGAACGGGAAGUAAAGAAUGUAGGACUUGUGUGUGGAGGAACUGGCAUCACCCCUGUUUUGCAGGUUCUUCGUUCUAUCCUUGAGGAUACGGAAGAUAGAACUCAGGUUUGGCUGUUAUACGCCAAUAAGACUGAAGCAGACAUCCUAUGUCGGGACGAGCUUGAUCACUUAUUCAAAAUCCAUGGACAAAACCGUUUCAAGCUUCAUUACACCGUCGGUACUGCACCUAAGAGCUGGACUUAUAGCAUAGGCCGGGUUACAGAGGAGUUGUUAAAAGCUCAUCUUCCACCACCAUGUGAUGACAGUCUUAUUUUGGCCUGUGGACCGGAGCCCAUGAUUAAUCACUGUGUAAAGCCUGGACUGCAGAAGUAUGGUUGGAAUGUGGAGUCUUCAUUGUUUGUAUUUUAGUCGAGGUUCAAGUCACGGUUGAAAGCAAAUAAAGUGUCCUUGGAGC